GCUUAGAAGUUUGGUUAGGUCUACUUUACAUAAGUUUUCAAAUUAAUCGAGGAUUGAUAUAAUUUAUCGAUCGUAUUUAUGUUAAUUACACGAAAAAUGUCUCAGAACAUUGCUAUGAAAUUAUUAAACAAUGCUGAAGUGGCGGAAAAAAAAUUAAGUGAACUAAAAACAAAGUUGGAAGAACUAAAAAGUUUGAAGAUAAAAGAAAAAAUAAAACAACUUACAAAUGAAAAUGAUGUCCUCGUGACAAAAGUGGAAAAAGCUAAAGACCAAUUAAUUAAACUUGAAACCCUAAAUGGUAAAAAACAGUAUUCCCUACCAAAUAAAACUGUUGCUCCUAAAGAAGCUCAAGUUACAAUGAAAACAGAAGUGCUAGAAAAUAAUGUAAACAAAAAGGAGAAGAAAGAAUCGUCUAAAAAGGGAAAAGGAAAAGAUAAGGCUUCUGAAUCAAGUGAUGUGGUAGACAUUCGCAAGUUAGAUUUGAGAAUUGGAAAAAUAGUUAAUAUAAACAAACACCCAGAUGCAGAUACUCUGUAUGUUGAACAAAUAGAUUGUGGGGAAGAAAAGCCUCGCACUGUUGUGUCUGGUCUUGUAAAUCAUGUUCCUAUUGAAGAGAUGAUAAAUAGAAUUGUUAUGAUUUUAUGCAACUUAAAACCUGUGAAGAUGCGUGGUGUUGUAUCAGAAGCAAUGGUAAUGUGUGCUUCUUCUCCUGACAAAGUAGAAGUUUUAAUUCCCCCAAAUAACGCAGUGCCUGGGGAUUUAGUGACCUGCGAAGGAUAUCCUCGAGAGCCUGAAGUUCAGUUAAAUCCGAAAAAGAAAAUAUUUGAGACAUGUGCUCCAGAUUUAAAAACAAAUGGAGAUAGAAUUGCAUGCUACAAAGGAAAUCCUUUGGUUGUGCCAGGUAAAGGACCUGUAGUUUCAGCUUCAUUAUCAAAUGUUUUUGUCAAAUAAUAUUCUUUAUUAAAAUUCUAACCUUCUCAUUGAGCAAGACAAAAUGAUGUGAUCACCUUAGAUAAUCUUUUAGUUCUUUUAAAAUAAACUUAAAUUAUGAAACAUUUU